AAGAAGCUAAAAGUUUACUUUGUUCUCUGAACUUUGUUGUAGCGGCCGGUGAGGUCACACAUGCGCUGUAGAGGCGACGCAGGAGGCUGCUUUUUAGAACCAAGUAUGAAUCACUCCAGAAAAACAGAGCCCGCAGAAGUAAAGCUUUAAAAAACAAAUCGGAAACCUAGACGCAUUUUAAUUUAAGUAAAACGACAUCUAGGCUGCACGUACAGUGGGUGGAGCAUCGGCAAGGACUUCAGGGGCUAGGCAGCCUUCACAGACACAGACGGGAGGAUGUCAGGCACACUAAUUGAUCCCUGCCGGCUGGACAGGACAGGAAGCUUCUUCAAGCAGCUGAUCAACACCUUUGCCUCGGAGAUUGGAGAGCUGAAGCAGGAGAUGGUACAGACGGGCCUUGUAGCCGACAGAGACCCUGAAACUCCAGACAUGCAGAGCAGCAGCUUAGAGGAAGAUGUCAGCAGUCUGUACCUGCAGGAGAAGGAUACAAAGAGCAGUGCCCGAGACUCAGGCUACGACUCUCUGAAGAGGAAACUCAGCAUCCUGGAUCGGCUCAUCCUGGCCCAUCCGGUGUGGCUGCUGCUCACUUUGAGUGACGACGAGACACACCGAAUCCUGCAGCAACAGCAGCCUGGGAUCUUCCUGGUGAGGAAAUCAGCUAAGCUACAAAAGAAGGUUAUAUCCUUGCGCCUUGGCACUGAGUUCGGACCCUCCAUCAGAGACUUCCCAAUAAAGGAGAGCCAGUACACCUUUUCUCUGGAAGGAUCUGGUAUCAGUUUUGCGGAUUUGUUUAGACUCAUUGCUUUCUACUGCAUCAGCAGGGAUGUCCUGCCAUUUACCUUGAGGUUACCAGAGACGAUCGCAGCAGCGAAAACACAGGCAGACCUUGAAGAGGUUGCUCAGCUGGGGGUUGAAUUCUGGAACUCUCCUCUUUACAACAAACAGCAGAGCCCCCCUGUUCGUCCCGCUCGCCCCCUGCCUUCAGACAGUGUGUGCAGGCUACAGAGGCAGCAGCAGGUCUUCCCUACCAAGGGCUUGCAUUCCCUAAGGACACGCACUCCUUCAGAGCUGGAAUGCAGUCAGACCAAGGGGGCUUUGUGCUUCGUUAACCCGUUGUUCCUGGAAGUGCACCGUCAGGGCGCAGGCAACAGCAGUGGCAGCUCGCUUAAGCGCCCCAAGAACCGAGACCCCAUUUCUCCAGAACGGUCCCGCUCGCCUCCACCUAGACCCCCACCGCCUAGGAAAGCACCACCCCUCGGUGUACAUGGCAAGCAGGUUAGCAUGCCAGAAACCGUCAGCUGGAUCAAGCAGCAACAAAUAGAGGUGGACAAUAUGGGUGCUGGUCCCACCAAAAAGGCCGCCCCAAUCCCUCCGCCCCGUUUUAAGAAAUACAUGAGCUUCUCGGAGGUCGAGGGCAGCAGAAAAUCCCAAAUGGGAGACUCCAGUAUCUCAUCUCAGAAACUCCAGACUGUGGUAGCCAGGAACCUUGGCAGUGCUCCUGGUGUGGAGCCCGUUGUGGUGAACGCGAACGUGAACUGUCCGCCCCCCUGCUUGCAGGAGAUGGUGCAGCAGAACAGAGGUGGGCGGCAGAGACUGAGCGACAUGAGCAUUUCAACGUCCUCCUCGGACUCGCUGGAUUACGAGCGCAGCUAUGCUGUGCCCGGUGGCCAGGGGGGGGACAGCAGCCUGGAGGAGGAUUAUGAGGUCGAUAGCGACCAUGAGAGCAUGGCACCGCCGAUCAAGCCCAAGAAGAAGCGCAGCGGCUCCUUCGUCCUGCCUCGAAUCGUAAAGACCCAGUUCCGGAAAGUCAGCGGGGUUUUCAACUCCUUCAUGACCCCAGAGAAGAGGAUGGUGAAGAGGAUAGCCGAGGUCUCGCAGGACAAGCGCACCUACUUCGGCUGCCUGGUGCAGGACUACAUCAGCUUUCUGCAGGAGAACAAGGGCUGUCACGUCUCUGGAGCCGAUAUGCUGCAGACCAUCCGCCAGUUCAUGACGCAGGUGAAGAACUACCUGGCACAGAGCUCGGAGCUGGACCCGCCCAUUGAGUCUCUCAUCCCAGAAGAAGAAAUCGACGUGGUCCUGGAGAAGGCCAUGCACAAGUGCAUCCUGAAGCCCCUCAAGAGCCACAUUGAAGCCAGUCUGAAGGACUUCCAAAUAGCCAGUGGCUCCUGGAAGCAGCUGAAGGAGAACCUGCUGCUGGCCAAGCAGAAGAAGCCCCAGGAACUUGGGGUGGACGCGACAGCUCCGGACUCGGUCACCAUCGAGAAGAUCCGCCACAAGUUUGUCACCAUGCAGAAGAUGUACUCGCCUGAGAAAAAGGUGACGCUGUUCCUGCGGGUCUGCAAGCUCAUCUACACUGUCAUGGAGAACAACUCAGGGAGAAUGUACGGAGCUGACGACUUCCUUCCCAUGUUGACUUAUGUGCUGGCUCAGUGUGACAUGCCUGAGCUGGACACUGAGAUUGAGUACAUGAUGGAACUCCUUGACCCCUCACUGCUGCAUGGGGAAGGUGGGUAUUACCUGACCAGUGCCUAUGGAGCCAUGUCUCUGAUCAAGAACUUCCAGGAGGAGCAGGCAGCCAGGCUACUGAGCUCCGAGACCAGGAACACCCUGCACCAGUGGCACCGCCGGAGGACCACCAACCGGACCAUCCCUACUGUGGACGACUUUCAGAACUACUUGCGGGUGGCCUUCCAAGAAGUAAACAGUGGCUGUACAGCCAAGACCCUGGUGGUGAAACCGUACGCAACCACUGAGGAGCUGUGCGAGGUGUGUGCCGACAAGUUCAAAGUUCAGGACCCCAGUACCUACGCCCUGUUCCUCAUCACGGAGGAGACGAGCCAGCAGCUAGCUCCGGACACCUACCCACAGAAAAUCAAAGCAGAGAUACACAGCAGACCCCAACCACUUCCCUUCCAUUUUGUCUACAAACGUCCCACAAACCUUCAGAUAUGCAUUCCCCCUGAUGAAGAGAACGGAAACACUUUCCUCUAACAAGCACCCAAACUGUUCAAACAGCUACAUCUUUUGUUACGUAAUUUAAAAAAGCUCCAUAAAGAAGUUUUUCUAUUUUCUGCAGGCAGGGGAAAUGGCUUGGUAUCUGGGUAAGCAAGAUAAUACCUUGGGGCUGUUUUUUUAAAUUCUGGUAAUUAAUUCAGGAAUUGAUUAUUGGCACUGGGUGGCACCUAGAGAACUUUUCUGUUAACGAACAAUUCUGGUUCUUGGAUGGGAAAGCCUGAGCUGCUACAAAGUGUCAAGAUCUCAAACCAUGAACCUUCAAGCAUGACUCAAGGUGUUGUCAAGAGGUGGACUGAACCUGUGCCCUCAUUUGCUUCUUACCUAAAUGUUUGUGCAACUUGCUGGCGGGAUACAGACAUUGGAUUUGGUGAAGCGUUCUGUAUCAGGACACCAAUGCAUUGCUUUCAUUUCUCUUUCUUGAACAAGAACCCUCAAUGUUAGGGUUUAGUUACACUGUUCUGAUGCAGGGGGGAGACAGGAUUGCGUAUCUUAAGAGAAGAACAAUAAUAGCACUGUUCAAGCUCCUGAAACAUUAUCCCUUUAUACUGCUGUUAUUUGAUAUCCUGAUAUUUUUUUGGUAGCCCACAUUCUCCAAAAGUGGAAGGAAUUCCUGAUGCAGUGCAUCAGGCCAUUUGCAUUUCCGGAUGGGUUUCAUCCUUCAAGACUGUUAACAUGAGGACAUCAUUUUUUUUUUUUAUAGGAAAACGUCAGCUAUGUCAACUGAAUAUUGUAAAUUUGUUAGAAACAAUUGCAGUUGCUGGUAAACUGUCUUGGUAAUUUGUAACAUUUCUAAAAUCUGUAACCCCUUAAAGACCAGGUAUUUUUGACCUAGUGCUGACACCACAAACACAAUUGGUAUUCAAUUUUAAUGCUCUUAAAUGUCUUUUAUAAUAUGAAAUAUUAUAUACUGUAUUUUGAUUGUUGAGCAUUGGGAUUCUUUUUUAAAAUUAAAUAAACAACGGUUUAUAUCCGGACAGAAAUAGAAGUCAUAGAUGAGUGCAAACUGCAGAUUAAUGUUUACUACAGAUCACAAAUCACAAUUUUAUUAUUCUUAUUGGUCUCUCAUUGUUUCUGAAACGUGCAGUGGAAACAGUAUUUUGAAAAAUCUAAUACAGUGAAUAUUGUAACAAAAAUAGCAUAAGCAAGUACACAAGUAUGCCCUGCAGAGAAUGUAAAGCUCAUCCCCAGUUUAACGCAUAUACGACUCAUAACCAAUAAUCACGUAGUGUAGUCAUACCAUGAGUGUAGUCUUAAGAAAACUCAAGCCUGGUUUUUAAAGGGUUAAGCAGAAAUCUCUUGCUGGUCUUAGAGCAUACACAUAUAAUGUUGUACGCCUCAAUGCAUGGAUGUAUUGAGACUGAGGUUUUUCAGGAACAGGGUUCUUGAAUGAACUGUAUCUUUGCUAUACAGACCUAUAUAGCCUCUUGUGUAAGACACUGGCCUGACACUGAUUAACUUCUGAACCUUUCAGUAUGACCAUUUGCCUGAGCAGGGAAUUUACAUGUAAAACAUUGGGGUGUCUGAGUGGAAGUCAAGGAAAGUAGUGGAGUACACGUGAAGGGGAGAUUUAAAAACAAACAAAAUACAGCAACAAAAUCGCUUCUGAUACUAGUAAAAUAUAAACGCAGAAGUUUGAUUUAAUGAAUAAGAAGUGUCUGGGUUGUUACUAGUUUUAACUGUUUGAAAGUCAUUUAUCAAAGAAUCCUAGAAAUUGCAUUAUGGUAAAGACUUUGAGAAAUCUGGCACCAUAUGUUUUCAAGGCAAGCACGGAUGAAAUUAAAAAAAAAAACUCGACACAAAAAAAUUUAAACUUAGCAAUAGAAAGACACCGGCAAUAAUGACAUUGAAAUGACUGGCUGACUGUAAACAUCACAAAAAGUUAGGGACAAAAGAAACACACACAACGACAUUCCCUGUCAUUAUGACGCAAAUCCGUGUCACCUUGGAGUCAUUCAUCUAGUCUGCUUGGAAUUAGUAAUUCACAGCUUCCUGUAUUGACUUAAGCAAAGAAUACUCCUAAUAAACAAAAGAAAAACAUACAGUAAAGCUAAAAAGUGCAUAAUAGUAAUGUUUUCUCUAAAUAACAUUCCAAUGAAAACAAUUGCAUUCUAAAAAUAAUGUUUUCUUUAUUCACAACAAAAUAUGCUUUUUGUUGUUGUUUGAGUGUGGCUUGUAUCAGGUGAAGCAGAAGUGGUAGAAAGUAAAGAGAAUGAGACUUGCAUGUGAAGACUGCUGUUGAGGGUGCAGGGGGUGUAAGAAACAGACUAAGGAAAAUGGAUCAGCUGAAACCAUGAUUAAAAACACUAAGCUUGUAAUUGCAUUUACAAUUAAAACUUAUAGGACAACCUAUUAGAUGUUUAAUAGAAAUGUAAGAUGAAUAGUUUUAGCACAUUGUGUAUGAUAGGAGUUAGUAUUAAAUGAGGCGUUUUGUUUAUAAUUGAGUUUUGUUAUAUAAUUCUUAUCUGUGCAGGAUUUUUCACAGACCUUUGUAACUUGUUUUUAUACACAUUAAAACAUGGGGUUGUUUUUAAUAUUUGUACUAAAAUGUAAUUUCAUUGAGAAGUCCCUGAUCACUUUGAAUCAGGGUCUGUUUCUUUCUUACAUCAGAAAUGUGUGGUUUUAAAACAUGUGGAAUUAUCUGAGUUGUUCUACUUGACUCGCUGUGUACAAUUGUAACAAAUUGGGCAUUUGUAUCACGAAAAGCUUGCCUGAAAACCCUCCUUAGUAAUAUGUGUAUUGUGGUAAACUUCAAAGAUUUGAAUUUUGCACAUACUGUAAUAAAUUGUUGUAUAACAAAUGUGUGAAGUCGUAUAUACUGAUGCACAAAAGAAACGCAACACUCAGGUCUAAUGGAUUUAAUCAAAUAUUUUAAACAUAGAUAUCAAACAAAGUCACAAAAAAUGUGAACAAAAAUACAGAUCAAAGAAUCAUUAUAUGUUUUCAGAAUGAAACGUGACACACUGUCAAAAUGAAAACAUUACAAAGUUAGUAUCGGGUAUGACCUCCCUGAGCAUUAACACAAUCCUGGCAGCGUUGGCGCAUAGACCUGAUCAGCCUCUGGAUAGACUGCUGUGGGAUGUUCCGCCACUCUUCCUGUGCAGCUGCAGCCAGCUGGCGAAGGUUGGCUGGUCGUGGUUGUCUCCUGUGGAUGGCACUGGCUAUUUGGUCCCACAGAUGUUCUGUUGGACUCCAGGUCAGGAGAAAAAGCUGGCAACAGCAAGACCUCAACAUUGUUUUCUUGAAGUCGUGCAAUUGUAAUCCUAGAACUGUGUGGUCUUGCAUUGUCCUGCUGGAAAAUCGACACUUCCGGAUUGGCUUGCAGGAACGGAAAAACUGCCUCAAGGACAGUUGGCAACAGUCGGUAUAACGCUCACCACGACGUGGUGGGUCAGUGUGGUGACCCUUUGCCAUCCAGGACAUGGCCUGUUCCUCACAGAGCCGGUUUCCUGGUUUCUCUGACUAGUCUGCUGAUUGUGAAGCAGAACAUCUCAUUCUCCAGGCAACUUCUCUCACAGACUGGCCACAUUCAGUCAUGCCAAUAGAAACCAGGUGAUCUUCUUUACUGCAUUUAGGAACCUGGCAGCCUUCUGGGAAAUUAUUGAACACACUGCAUAGAGCUGCACGAUUUCUUCAAAAAAGGUCUUCAAUGAAAAAGACGCCAGCUGCAUAAAAGAUCGGAAAUACUUCUGCUAAAGAUCACUUUGUCCAGUACAAGAAGGGGACAAUUCAUGUGUUUAUUGUUAUUUAUUGAUGUUUUUAUUUUGUUUGAUAAUUCACUGAUGGAGAAAAUAGAAUGUCUUUAAAUGUGGACAUAAAAAAAAUGAAAUAUUCUACGAAUUAGCGCUUACUGUUUUCCAGGUAAGCAUUUAUGUAUUUAGGAACAUUUGUUGUAUAAUAAC